AUGUCAGAUCGAGUAUGCAGCCCUUGGCUCCUGGCUUACACUCACUUCCUUGCCACCUUCUCACAAGUCUUCGAAGAUACCUACGGCUUUGGCCAGGGCGUCGCAGGUCUUUCGUAUCUAGGCUUGGGCGUGGGAUGUGUCAUUGGCACUCUUAUCUUCGCAAAGUUCAGUGACAAGCUUGCGAAGAAGCACAACACGCCCGAACAUCGCAUGAUUAUGAUGAUGUUUGGAGGCCCCUUUGUACCCGCAAGCUUGUUCUGGUAUGGCUGGUCUGCUCAGUAUCAAGUGCACUGGAUCGUACCCAUCAUAGGAACGGCUUUCAUCGGGAUUGGCAUCGUUUUUGUCACCGCUUCAGGACAACUCUACAUGAUUGAUAGAUUUGAAUCUGAAGGGUCUGCUUCGGCGAUGGCGGCUAUUACUUUGGUGCGAAACAGUUCCGGGGCUUUCUUGCCUCUCGUUGCGCCGCCCUUGUACGCUAAGUUGGGCUUGGGUUGGGGCAACAGUGUUCUCGGAUCCAUCUCCCUAACCUUCCUACCGCUCUCCUUCCUUUUCUAUAAAUUCGGUGGCCGGCUCCGGGAGAAGUAUAUUUUCAAGCUCUGA